CCUCACGACAACGUCGUACCAUAGCAAUCAAUGCGUCAGAAAAUGCAGAAGGAUAUCACCUAGAUUGGCUUUUUACUAAACAUGAUCUUGCAAAAGAUCUUACCUGGGGACAAGAAUUUUCAUUAUGUGAAAGAGCCGGGUCUAAAAUCGAAAAUGGCAAAAAAAAACUCAAUAAUACACUCAAGGUACAAAAGACACUACGGGAUAUGCAUCAAACCCUUUUAGAAACAUUAUCUCAUGCAGGUGGUGGUGCCGUUCCUGCCAGAGUUUCAAAAGCUUUUAGACAAUUGGUUUUGCCCGGAUUUAUUACUUCACGGUUUUUUAUUCGGAUUUUACUAAUUGUAUACAUCGGAGGUAAAUAUUAUGGAUCUAAAGUAUUAGCAGAAUUUGAUAUACCCACACAAUUUGAUGAAUUGGGAAAAAUUGCAAAAAUUGCACGGGUAAUGCUGAAUGUCAAGGCUUCUGAAAAAAAUAAACAUUCUGCAGAAAACGUGAUGAUAUCACAACGAAUCGAAGAGCAUGCGACCCCUAAGGUUAAAAAAACAAAAAGAGCACUGGAAAUUAGUAAUAUUCACAAUAUUCAAACAUCAAAAAGAAUCAAAAAGCAUGCAACUCCUAAG